CGAGAAAAAGACAGGAGAAGAGACCAAACUUAAAUCUAGAAUAUUUACGAAACUGGCAUUUCCCGAUAAAGGACAAAGAAAAAGAAAAAAUCAAAAUGAAAUUAAGUGCUAGAUGCCUAGACUUAGGUCAAAUUUCUCAACAAAGGAGCGAGCAGCCAGCCGGGCGCUAACGCUCUCUUCGGCGAACCAGUAAUUAUCGUCGCCAUUUUCGGCUUCACUCACUCGAGUUGCGGCUCGUCUCACCGUGUUGCCUCUUUUCAAUCUAUUUUGACGAGAAAUGAGUAAGAAAAAGAACCCUUUGGUAUUCUUAGAUGUUUCAAUUGGUGGAGAUUCGGUGGAAAGAAUUGUUAUUGAGCUUUUUGCAGCUGUUGUUCCUAAGACAGCUGAUAAUUUCCGGGCACUCUGUACAGGUGAAAAGGGCAUUGGCAAAUGUACUGGGAAACCCUUGCACUAUAAAGGAUCUUUUCUUCAUCGAAUAAUCAAAGGAUUCAUGGCCCAAGGUGGUGACUUUUCAAAGGGAAAUGGCACUGGUGGAGAAAGUAUUUAUGGAGGGAAGUUUGCAGAUGAGAAUUUUAAACUGGCUCAUGAUGGACCUGGUGUUCUCUCUAUGGCAAACAGUGGUCCAAACACAAAUGGGUCUCAAUUCUUUAUAACCUUCAAGCGCCAACCCCAUCUUGAUGGGAAGCAUGUUGUUUUUGGAAAGGUAAUUAAGGGAAUGGAUGUUUUGAAGAAAAUUGAGCUAGUUGGAACAGCUGAUGGAAAGGCUGCCCAAUCUGUAAAAAUAUCAGACUGUGGUGAAACCUCUGAAAGUAAAAGUCAGUAUGCUGUUGGGAAGUCAAAGGGGAAGGGGAAGAAAUCAGGGAAAGUUCCUUCUUCAAACAGUUCCGACGAGCAAGCUAGAGGAAGCAAAAAGUCUUUGAAGGAUAGAAGGAAAACAAGAAAGAGGAGAUAUUCUUCAUCUGAUUCAUACAGCUCUGACUCUGACUCUGACUCUGGUUCCGAUUCCUAUUCUUCAGAUUCUGAUUCUGAUAUCUCUGCAUCUGAAUCAAGUUCGUCCAGUGAUGGAACAAGAAGUAGGAGAAGGAGGUCAGCAAAAAGACACAAGCAUCAACAUGGGAAAAAGAGGAAGGAUGGGCGAAGAGACAUGAAAAAAAGCCGGCAAGAAAAAAGAUCAAAGCGCAAAUCCAAAUGGAGUUCAGAAUCUUCAGAUAGUUCAACUGACAGUGAAAGUGAGAGUACAAGCACUAGCAGUGGCAGGGAUGAUGGAAAGGGUGGUUCUCGUCGUGUUUCUGCUCGUACCAAUCAUAUCACCAAACCUGUUGAAAAUGAAUCUCCAAACAAUAUUGAUGUAGCAAAAAAUGUGCCAAGCCAACUUUCUGGAAAAGCUGCUAAUGCAGGACUACAAAGGAAUAAGUUAAAGGUAACUGAGGACAACUCACAUGAAGAAGGUGAAUUGUCGCCAAAAAGUGAUGAGCUUCUGAACGAUGGUCAUGGCAACAAGGCUCCUCACCAAUGUACAUAUGUGGAUGGCUUAGACGGAUCAAGGAGUGUGAGUCCAACCGUUAAACGGAGGCUAAACAACAGCCGUAGAAGCAGCCAAAGCAAGAGUCCUCCCAAGGAUGAUGUUAGAAGCCCUCCCAGAAAAUCUGGUGGGCAGAAACAGGGAAGGACUUCAUGUAGCCCCUUGAGUAGUCCUGCAAGGAAAGCCCCUGCACCUAACCAAGGGCGUAUUUCCUCGAGCAGUCCAUCUCCUGGUGGCAGGUCAAAACGCAUAAGGAAAGGUCGUGGCUUCACUGACCGCUAUUCCUUUGCACGUCGAUACCGGACACCUUCUCCUGAGCGUUCCCCACCCAGAUCCUACCAUUAUGGUAGAAAAAAUAUUCCAGAAAGAAACCAUGAUAGAUAUUCUAGCUAUAGAAAUCAUUCUGAUCAAUCAACCCGCAGAUGUUAUAGAAGCCCGCCAAGAGGCCAUAGUCCUCCCAGAUAUGAACGCAGAAGUAGGAGUAGGAGUCUUUCUCGCAGCCCAGUUCAUUAUCGGGGAAGAUAUAGGGAUCGUAGUCAGAGCCAGAGUCCUAUUCGAAGUCCUAGUCCUAAAAAAAAACGACCUGCCAUAAGCGAGGGGUUAAAAUCUCGUCUUGGUUCUCGAAUUGAUGAUCAGCGCUCCCCACGCAAAAGCAAAUCAGGAUUCAGGUCCUCUAGGUCAAGGAGUCAUGGGUCCUCGUAUUCUAGAUCUCCUGAUAUCUCACCACCAAAUGAAGGCUACAGAAAAUCUCCAUCUCCUAACGUGUCAAAAUCAAGCUCACCCUCUGGACAGAGAGGAUUGGUGUCUUAUGCAGAUUAAAUCCAUGCUUCUCUCAUUAAAUUUAAUUGAUGAGGCUUAGAAGCAUGCCCAGUUGUCUUGAUCGUGUUUGGUUUGCAACACAAGUGGGUAGAGUUUGGGAGGGCAUGCCGUUUUGUAUGCCGUUACCAAUUUCAGAUGUGAUUAGAUUGCCGGUUUAGAGUUGCAAAAUAGUUCCAGUUUUCUUUGACCGGUGGCUUGGACUUCCGUUGCUUAUUUGAAACAGCAAGAGACGCGUACUUGGCCAUCCUUGUGCUAAGGACGUUUUGAACUCUGAUAUUCCUUAUCUGCAGUGCAAUUGUUUUCUAAUGUGAUUUCCAGUGUCUUCGGACGU